AUGAGCUAUUCCACCGUCCCCCUUGAAGACUUCAAGUCCGUCUUCUCGACUGCGAUCGGUACGCCUGUCGUCAGCCUGAUCACUCCUCCCCUGCUCAUCACCCCCAAUCAAGAGCUGUCCAGCGUCGCCCUUGGCGGCCGAGUCGUCGCUGUCUCAGAUGACUUUUUCGCCGAGGCAUUCCAUCUCCUCCUUGUCGAGCCUGCGCCGAGUCUCAAGGGCCAGUUCGGCCCGAAAGGGGCGCUCUUCAGCGGCUGGGAAUCCCGUAGACACAACCCUACUUAUGAUUGGUGCAUCAUCGAAUUAGGGACGACCGGCUCAAUCACCGGUUUCGAUAUCGACACCAGUCAUUUCAACGGGAACGAAGCUCCCAGGCUUCUGUCGAUAUCCUCGACUCGUUUGAUGUGGGAAGAAUUGCUUUCGAAGGUCAACCUGGGACCGAGUUCCAGGCAUCUCUUUACCGUACCGGCGUCCAAGGGUGCGAAUUAUGUUAAGCUCAACAUGUACCCUGAUGGCGGAAUUGCCCGCUUCCGCGUCUAUGGCCUUGUAGCCCCGGUCUUCCCUACCGAUCCUUCCGCGGUCUUUGAUCUUGCCCACGUCUUCUGCGGUGGAAGGGUGGUGUUCACAUCGGAUCAGCAUUUCGGCGAAGGCUCCAACCUCAUUCUUCCAGGCAGAGGCAAGGAUAUGGGUGACGGGUGGGAAACCAAGCGCAGCCGGGCCCCGGGUCACAUGGACUGGGCGAUUAUCAAGCUGUGGGUCACAUCCGCCUUCUUUCCACCGUGCCACCCGCGUGUAACAUUGAACUCACACUUCCCUCGCCUCCCGCCCCGUUCCCUUCGCACCGCACCGCACCGAUUGCCUAUCGCCAGCUGCGCGCCCGGCUUCCUCGCACAGGCCGAAAUAGACACCGCGCACUUCAAGGGCAACUUCCCUGAGUCGUGCGAGCUUCACGCUCUGCACAGCGACACGCUCGCUCCCACAGACGUCCCCGACGACGCCUGGACUCCAAUCCUGCCUCGGACGAAGCUCGGCCCGCACCGGCAGCACUUCUUCCAGCUCGAGAACGUGAACGGGACCCCGUACACGCACGUCAAGCUCACCAUCUACCCAGACGGCGGCGUGAAGCGCGUCCGUCUUCGCGGCAUGCGUGCCGACGCAGGCGCAGCUGUGGGUGCGGUCGACGCACCCGGCCCCGCGCUCUCCGCGCUGCCGCUCACACCGGAGGCGUUCGCGCCGUUCGGCCACGUCGUGCAGGCGUACGCGGACGUGCACGCCGUGCCGAGCCCGCGCACCGUGCGCGUCACCGGCGCGAACCAGGGCACGGCGACCAAGUUCCACAAGCUCGCGCCCGUCGAGGCGAGCUACCCCGCGGACGCCGGGGCGGGGGCCGCGCUUUCCAUCUAUCGGUGCAAGCCGAUCGACGUGGCGCCCGGGGGCGAGUGGCCCGUGAAGCUGCUCGAGCGGCACCCGUGCACGAACCAGGCGUUCUACCUGGUCAUCGUCGCGAAGAACGGGGCGGACGACAAGCCGGACCUCGGAAGCAUGCGCGCGUUCAUCGCGUCCGCGGGGCAGGGGAUCGUCUACAGCACUGGCAUCUGGCACCAUCCUAUGGCUGCACUGUACAAGACGAUGGAUUUCACCUGCGUGGAGACGCAGAUUGGGAACGGCGACCCGCUCGACUGCGAAAUCGUGGACCUCGACGGUUCGACCGGCUACUAUCGGGUGCAGUUGCCCGUACAGAUAUGA